GUCGUUUCAGGUGGGUCCAGCCAGGGCGCUGAGAGGGGUCGGCCGUGUGUCCGGCUCUGGACCACAUUUCCCAGAGGGCCCGGCGGCCCGUCGCUCUUCUCGCAGGAACUCGAACGUUUCGUCGCGCCUGGCGGGACUGUUAGAUCCGUGAGGCGCGGGCCCGCGGGCCCCGGGGGAACCGGCUCGGCUCUGCAGGUUCCCACCCCGGGGGACCCGAAAGGCCGAAGUUCCACCCUUCUCCAGGUCAGGCGCAGAAGAGAAGGAAAGAAUGCAUGAUGAACUUCUGCAAGCACUGUCCAAGGGGUCAAUGAUGUUCAGGGAUGUGUCUGUAAACUUCUCUCAGGAGGAAUGGGAAUGCCUGGACUCUGGUCAGAUGAAUUUAUACAAAGAAGUGAUGUUGGAGAAUUUCAGCAACCUGGUUUCAGUUGGACUGUCCAAUUCUAAGCCAGCUGUGAUCUCCUUAUUGGAACAAGGGAAAGAGCCCUGGAUGGUUGACAGAGAGCUGACAAGAGGCCUUUGUUCAGAUCUGGAAUCAGUGUGUGAGACCAAGAUAUUAUCUCUAAAGAAGAGACAUUUUAGUCAAGUAAUAUUUACCCAUGAAGACAUGCCCACUUUUAUUCAGUCUGCAUUUCUUGUUCCACGUCAAAAAACUAUUAAUGAAGAGAAACCCUGUGAAUGUAAAAUAUGUGGAAAGGCAUUUAAUCAGAACUCACAAUUUAUUCAACAUCAGAGAAUCCAUUCUGCUGAAAAACUCUAUGAAUGUAAGGAGUGUGGGAAAUCCUUCAGUCGUGGCUCACUUGUUAUUCGACAUCAGAGGAUUCACACUGGUGAAAAACCAUAUGAAUGUAAGGAAUGCGGCAAGGCUUUUAGCUGUAGUUCUUACUUUUCUCAACAUCAGAGGAUUCACACUGGUGAGAAACCCUAUGAAUGUAAGGAAUGUGGAAAAUCCUUUAAUUAUUGCUCAAACCUUAAUGAUCAUCAAAGAAUUCACACUGGUGAGAAACCCUAUGAAUGUAAAGUAUGUGGAAAAGCCUUUACUAAGAGUUCACAACUUUUUCCACAUCUGAGAAUUCAUACUGGUGAGAAACCUUAUGAAUGUAAGGAAUGUGGGAAAGCCUUCACUCAACACUCAAGGCUUAGACAACAUCAGAGAAUGCACACUGGUGAGAAACCUUAUGAAUGUAAGGAGUGUGGGAAGGCCUUUAGUAGUGCCUCUACGCUUACUAACCAUCAUAGAAUUCAUGCUGGCAAGAAACUCUAUGAAUGUAAAGAAUGUGGAAAGGCCUUUAUUCAGAGCUCAGAACUUAUUCAACAUCAGAGAAUCCAUACAGAUGAAAAACCAUAUGAAUGUAAUGAAUGUGGGAAGGCAUUUAAUAAAGGCUCAAAUCUUACUAGACAUCAAAGAAUUCACACUGGUGAGAAACCCUAUGACUGUAACGAAUGUGGAAAGGCCUUUGGUAGUCGCUCUGAUCUUAUUCGCCAUGAAGGAAUUCAUACUGGAUGAAUGAUAGGCCCAUGUGAUUACCUUUAUAAUAAUAUUUUUAAAAGCAGGUAAUGUAAAAAACAAACAAAAAACCCAUACAACCCCAGAUAAUGCAUGACUGAAGGUUCCUUGUGUAGUAGAUUUCUAGGGCUACUGUAACAAAGUACCAAGUACCACAAAACUGGGUGGCUUAAACUACAGAAAUUUAUUCUUUCACAGUUUUGGAGCCUUGAAAUCCAAAAUCAAAGUUGUAGGCAGGUUCCUUCCUGGGACUCUGAAGGAGAAUCUGUUCCAUGCUCUUCUCCUGGCUUCUGGUAACAGCCAGCAAUCUUUGACAUUCCUUGGCCUGUAGAUACCUCACUCUGGUCUCAGCCUCCAUCUUCACAGUGCAUUCUCCCUGUGUAUCUGUAUCUCUUCUCCUCUUCUUAUAUGGACACCAGUCAUACUGGAUUAGGGCUCACCCUAAUGACCUUACCUUAACUUAAUUACAUCUGCAAAGACCUUAUUUCCAUGUAAGAUCACAUUCACAGGUACCAGGAGUUAGGACUUCAACAUAGUUCAACCCAUAACACUGUUAACAUUGUUUUUUUAAUGUAUUUGCAAUUUUUACAUAACUUGUUAAUCACAUGUAUUUUAAAAUGUGAAUUCAGGGUCUAAAUUAAACCUCCCUUCCCCUGAAAAAGAAAGAUUCUAUCUCAAAACUGCUUCUUCAGAGGCUGGCCCCGUUGGCUGAGUGGUUAAAGUUCCAUGCGCUCUGCUUUGGCAGCCCAGGUUCAGGCCACUCAUCUACACCACUCAUUAAGCCAUGCUGUGACGGCGUCUCACAUACAAAAUAGAGGUAGAUUGGCACAGAUGUUAGCUCAGGGCCAAUCUUCCUCAAGCGAAAAAAAAGAGGAAGAUUGGCAAUGGAUAUUAGCUCAGGGCGAACCUUCCCCAGCAAAAAAAAAAACAAAACUACUUAUUCAAUAAUUCCUUCCUUCCCAAUUGUUUUGUUCUCCUUCUUGGUUGUAUAUUUGUGUUUAUACUAGCUUAUGUUUUAAGGCCAUCUUUUCUAUUGCUGUGGCCUACAGAUCUCUGUUUCCACCAAUACUACACUGGAAAUUGUAUCAUACAGUCUAUCUUUUUAAUUCCUGGCUGAAUUGAACCUUUGUUUUUGAAGGCAGCUCUAUUCUUUUUUCCUUUUGUAAAACUAUAUUUUCUUAUUGUAAAAAAAACCAUAGAGAAUACAAGGAAAAAAAUAAAGAUUAUUUGUAAGCCAACCAGA